UACUAUCGAUAGUAUUGAUAGUUUUUUGUUUUUCAACUAUCGAUACCAUCGAUAGUAUCGAUACUAUCGAUAGUUUUUCAUCUUUUAACUAUCGAUACUAUCGAUAGUAUCGAUACUAUCGUUGCUUAUCAAUAGUAUCGCCAAAAAUGAGCUAUAGAUACUAUCGAUAGUAUCGAUACUAUCGAUUAAUUAUCGAUACUAUCGUUUUUUGGUAAACUAUCGAUAGUUCGAUCGAAAACUAUCGAUAUGGCGCUAUCGAUCGGCAACACUAAUUUGAUAACAUUAAAAAAAUAACUGUCAAAGUCAGACGAGUGUUGGUCGAGUCUACUGUGUUUGCGAGUGAGUGUUUUAGACAAGAAAUAUGCCCAGAUGCCCAGGAUUUAGAUUACAGGGUACACCAAAUUUGGUCAACUUUUAUCAUGGUAACUAAACCUACCAUCGACUUAUCUGGGUUUAAGGAUUACCAAACAAAAGAGGUCGCGACUUGAGUCCGACAAGUCGCGGGUCGGCAAGUCGUCUAACGUCGUCGUGUAAAUAUUUUUUAUUUCUGUUUUCGUGAUUAUAAAGUAUGUAUAACAUAAUAAUAUGCUGUUUUACGUUUCAGUGUUCCAAGAGGUAGAUAGAGGUCGAGGACGUGGACAUGGAAGAGGUGGGCGUGCACACAGAGGAAGCAAAGUUGACAAUGUAGAGUAAGUAUUAUUGCACACAAAUUCAAUUUAUAACUAGCGUUCAUUUAUCUUCAGUUCUAAACAGUGACUGCUUUUUUUCAGAGAUGCUAUAGCUGAAGUGAGGGCACAGAGAAAUUACAAAAAAACGUAUGUCUAAACUGCCAGUAGAUGUUCAACAGGAAUUUAUGGACAGAAAGCGGCAGGCGCAAUUAGAUCGCAUAUUAUUGCCUGAUGCGCCUCCACGAAAGCGCCGCACGCAACGUCCAUCGCCAGAACGCGGUGCAAUAGAAUUUAUUUCGACUUCCAAUGCACCUGCUGGCCAGGUAGUCUCCGUGUCUGUCGACUUCAUUAUUAUUGCCCCCGAAGCCACCGACGUCGCUGGCGGAGAAGUGGUCGGGACUACCGACGAAUUUUAUAUGGUACCGUCACCCGAACCUGCCGCAUCUGUUGUCGCUGCGCCUGCUCCCGUCGUUGCUGCACCCGCUGGUGACUACGACUCAGAUAUACUCAGUUUCAUGAGUAGUCACCCCUAAGAGGUUUUGUUAACACCUUAUAUAAAUAUGUAUUACGUAUUUAAUAUUGGUCUCUUAAUUCUGCACCUCCCGCGUUUAUCUGUAAAAAUACUAUAUAACCAAAGGUUGCCUGGAAGAAAUUGCUAUUUAGCAAUAAGGCCGCCUUUUGUCUCUAGUGUCUCGAUUUAUUUAUGUUUGUCAUUUUGUGCAAUCAAGUAUAUUGUAUUGUAAGACUCAUUUUAUAUUCUAAUAAAAAAUAUAUAAUUUUAAGGUCCGAAU